AUGACGUUGGACGCGAUUAGGAAGUAUACGCCUUGCGUGAAUGGGUUUUCUGGCAACCUGGAGGACGAGAGGAGCACAUAUGCGUGCAGCGGUGUCGAUCUCGCCUACUUCAUGCCCCACGCACUGCUAGGCUCCACCGAGCGGAUAGGGAACGACAUCUGGGGCUGGACCCACUGUGGGCGCGAGUUCGGUCUCAUUGGCCAAAUGGAUGGCACCGCGUUCGUCGAGCUGCUCUCCUCGCCUUCCGGCCUGGAAGUGCUCUACCUCGGUAGGCUGGCAACGCAAAGUGUUACGAGUAUAUGGAGGGAUAUCAAGGUUCUGGGGCACUUUGCAUACAUAGGGAGCGAGGCAGAGGGACACGGGAUCCAGGUGUUUGAUUUGACCCAGUUGUUGGAUACGAGCCUCCGCACGGGGCCCAAGACGUUCCUCACUUCGGAACUGACAGCCGUCUAUCCCCUCCCCGAGGGAAGGUCACACAAUAUCGUCUCCCACGCUGAGAAGAACCUUAUCGCCGCCGUCGGUUCCACCCCUCGGAACGGGACGUGCAUGGCUGGAAUGAUAUUCUUCGAUGUUACCGAUCCUGCCCACCCAAUCGAAUUAGGGUGCGCCUCUGAAGACGGCUACGUGCAUGAUGCCCAAUGCCUGACUUACCACGGCCCCGAUACCGCUUUCGAAGGGCAUGAUAUCUGCUAUGCUUACGCCGAGGACUCGCUCACGAUAUGGGACAUCACCAACCCGAGUGAGAGCCGGAUCAUCAGCAGCACGCCGUAUUACGGUGUCACGUAUUCCCAUCAAGGGUGGGUGGUAGAUGAGUUGGAUCAGAGCUGGUUGCUGCUUGACGAUGAGCUUGAUGAGCUCGAGAGGCGAGCAGGUUGGGCAGCAGACAACCACACCACGACGUACAUAUGGAAUAUCCGCAGCCUCGAGAAACCCGUCCUCUCAGGGUACUACAAGAGCCCUGUAAAGAGCAUCGACCACAACCUCUAUGUCCACAAAGGACUCGCGUUUGAGUCGAACUACAAGAGCGGGCUGAGGAUCAUCGAUGUUUCCAGCGUAGCACAAGAUCCCUCUGGCGGAUCCUUCCGCGAAAUCGGGUUCUUCGACGUACAUCCAGAGGAUGAUGCCGAAGGCGGUGUGGUCGAGUUUGGCGGUACAUGGUCCGUAUACCCGUAUUUCGAGAGCGGCUAUCUGCUGGUGAACUCUAUGGAGCGUGGGCUGUUUGUACUCAAGCUGGCAGCUUGA